AUGUCGAAUUUAACGUCAGCCAUUCAAUUGACCAAGGAGUCGAGAUACAAGUUGAGCAAUGGCCGUCAUAUUCCAGUAGCAGGGUUUGGAACUUAUUUGAUCGACUCCAAGAAAGCUAGUGAUUUGGUCUAUCAGGCCUUGGUGGAUGGCUAUAGACAUGUCGAUACGGCCAUUGUCUACAAAAACCAAAGCGAAUGCGCUCAAGGAAUUGCCAGGUUUUUAAAGGACCACCCCGCGGUGAAAAGGGAGGACAUUUGGUUCACUACUAAAAUAGGCAACAACAACCAAGGAUACGAGGAGACACGGAAAGCCGUCCAGUUGAUAAGCGACGAUGUCAAGCAAUAUGUGGAAUAUGUCGAUUUGAUCUUGGUCCACUCGCCGAAAACCGAUAAGGAGAGACGAUUAGGUACAUGGAAAGCGUUGCAGGAGUAUGUACUGAAUCCCAACAACGAUGUCGUUAAAGUAGAGUCGAUUGGUGUUUCCAAUUAUGGCAUUGACCACUUGGAAGAAUUGUUCCGUUGGCCCGGGUUGUUGGUUCACCCCGUGAUCAACCAGUUGGAGUUGCAUCCAUGGCUCCCAAGGUUGGAAUUGAGGAAGUAUCUUUACGAACACGAUAUCUUGGUUGAAGCCUAUUCGCCAUUGACGCAAGGCGUCAAGUUGAAAGACCCAUGGUUAUUGGAAAUCAGCAGCAAGUACAAGAUCUCUCCCGUUGAGUUGCUUUUGAAAUGGGCCUACUUGCAAGGGUUCAUCGUGUUGGUCAAGAGUGAAAAUCCUACUAGAAUCAAGGAGAAUUUGGAUAUACUUGCCGAUGCUGUCAAGGAUAGCGAUGGCUUGGAUGAGGUUGUUAGAUUGGGUAAAAUCGACUUGGAGCCCGAUUUAAUCGAGGCUUUGAACAAGCCGGAUGCGAAAGAAGUGAUUACUUGGGGCGGCGUAGAUCCAACUUUGUAUAAAGAUGGCACUGUCUAG